CACGGAUUUCCCUACGUCACACGAUCGUUGCUGAGAAACUUCAUCAACACAUCAGCAAGAUGGGCGGUCAAUAUGCCCCCCGGCAGCUCUAUUACAACGGCUCUGUCCAGAAGGCGACAUCCUCAAAGACCUUCCAAUCAAUAGAUCCUUCGACGGGAACUCCACUUGCGGAAAUCCACGUCGCAUCCAACAGAGAUGUAGACGCCGCGAUCUCUUCGGCGACAGAGGCGUUCAAGACAUGGUCCACAACGCCGGCCAUCGCCCGCGCGCGCAUUCUCUUAAAAGCCGUCAAGAUCCUCCGUGAUCGCAAUGAUGAAAUUGCAAAAGUCGAGACACAGGACACCGGCAAGCCGUUCUCCGAAACGAGCACAGUCGAUGUGGUGACCGGCGCAGAUGUCGCCGAAUACUUUGCCAAUCUUGUGGGAGGAGGUGGACUAAACGGAGAGACAGCCCAACUACGCGAAGACGCAUGGGUAUACAGCAAGAAAGAGCCACUCGGCGUCUGUGCAGGCAUCGGAGCUUGGAAUUACCCCAUUCAGAUCGCGUUAUGGAAAUCUGCGCCGUGCCUUGCUGCCGGAAACACAAUGAUCUACAAACCUAGCGAAUUCACCCCCAUGCACGGACAGAUCCUCGCUGAAGUCUACACCGAAGCUGGCGUCCCAGCAGGCGUCUUCAACAUUGUCAACGGCGCAGGCGACGUGGGCGGCUAUCUCACAUCCCACCCAGGCGUCGCCAAAGUCUCCUUCACCGGCCAGGUCUCGACCGGCAAAAAGGUCGCCGGUGCGGCUGCCGGGAAUAUGAAAUACGUUACGAUGGAGCUCGGCGGAAAGAGUCCACUCAUCGUCCUGCCGGACAGCGACCUAGAAAACGCCGUUGACGGCGCCAUGAUGGCUAACUUUUUCAGCACGGGUCAGGUAUGCACCAACGGCACGCGGGUUUUCGUGCACGAAAGCAUGAAGAGCGCUUUUGAGAAGCGCCUGGUCGAGAAGAUGCAGUACAUCCGCGCGGGCGAUCUCUGGGAUAUGAACACAAACUUUGGUCCUCUCGUAUCAGGCGUACACCGCGAGAAGGUGCUGGGAUACAUCAAACACGGCGUCGAGGUCGACAAGGCGAAGCUGCUUUACGGAGGACUCGGGCAGCCGUCAGUACCACAAGGCCUGGAGAAGGGCUUCUGGGUCAAGCCGACAGUCUUUACGGAUUGCACCGACUCGAUGAAAAUUAUCAAGGAGGAAAUCUUCGGGCCGGUACUGUGUAUCCUGACAUACUCUGCCGUGGACGAGGUCAUCCAGCGAGCCAAUGACACCCCGUUGGGCCUCGCAGCAGGCGUCUUUACCAAAAAUCUAAACCUCGCGCACAAGGUGAUCGGCAAGCUAGAGGCAGGUAUCACAUGGGUCAAUACAUGGGGAGAGAGCCCGGCAGAGAUGAGCGUGGGUGGAUGGAAACAGAGCGGUAUGGGUGUAGAGAAUGGCCGACGAGGAAUCGAGGCGUGGGUGAGGAACAAGAGCACUUUGGUAGAUAUGAGUGGUGCCAGUGUGACAGUUUACUCCAAGUUAUAACGGCAAAUACAGCUUAUUGUACAAUCUUUUGUUGAUGUCUUCCUGACGAAGCGCGCAUGGCCGUUGAAAGAUUCUUUGCGCAUAUCAUCAGCGGCAAGGAAGGCCAUGUUCUUGACUGCUAUAUGCGCGUGAGUUCAAGGUAGCCGAUUCUCCCCUGAGAUUUGUACGACAUCGUCUACUGCAACAGCACGAGGGUUGUCAUUGCUUGGAUGUAGUGAAGCUAUGGAACGUUAUAUAGCGCUGCCAUCCAUUCCAUAGCUCCCCUUAACAGCCACUCAAACAUCUUAGCACCGUCUCAAGCAUCCACGGUCCUGCACGUCAUAGUUCUGAUAUACAUAACCAUAUCCCCAAAGCCCCUCGUUAACACCUACAUAGCAGUUUCCUUGGCCCUGUCGAGCAACGUCGUCGAAUAAAGUAGCAAUUGCACCAAAUUGGUCUCUGGUAUAGCAUACCGACAGGGCAUUAGUGACUUGGGGUUCGAAGUACAGAUAGACGUCGUCGCAUGCCACACACGCCCAGUUGCUCUGGUCGACACAGAAUCCCGCUGGCGUGCUCGCCCAUAGUUUCGUAAAUGCACUAUGAACCUUUAGAAACCCACCCCAGCCUGGCCCAC